AACGACGUAAUGUCAAACUUUAAAUUAGAAUGAUUUUAUGAAUAUCUGAAGCACAUGCGCAUCCCGUACUUAUCUAGUGCUUCGUGUAUUUUAUAUGCACAUACAUAAAUAAUUCUUCUACUGGUGUGUUAAUUACAAGCAAUCAUUCACUCGUAAAGAUAACGGAACUUAAUAGAUAUGGCUGCAGGCGUAAACGUUGUUAAGCUCGCUGGUAAUUUAUUUCGCAGCAAAAUAUCGUUGUUCCAACAAUGGACAGAAGUAAAUAUGCCACUCAAAAGCAAAGAAAAAAUAAAGGAUUUGUUGCAAGAGCAAAUCGAAAACGCAAAAAGAUCAAAACUUGCUGAGAAAAUGAAGACCGCGAAAGGUUUUUACACCCUGGAAAUGGCACCACCAUCAAGCUCAGAGGAAAUGGCCAAACUUAAAGAAGAUUUGAAAUUAUUUCAAGAAUUCAUGAAAUCUGGCUGCUACAAACACCUGACAGUCAAACAAGCGUGGCUUCUCUUCUUGAUUAGUACGGAAAUCGGCCUAUGGUUCUUCUUGGGCGAAACGAUUGGGAAAUUUCACAUCGUUGGCUAUCAAGUUUGAAACUAUUUCAAUCGUACAAGUUUGUACAGAUCAUAAUGCUGCAUCGGUAUAUUAUAUAUUACUUACUGAGAAAAAAACAGAAGUGGCUUUUGGUGUGCUUGUUAAAUUUUGCAUAUAUUAUUUUGAUUUUUUAUUAAUAAAAUUACGAUGAUA